AGCUCACUCACUCCCCAUUCACUCUUGGUGCUCGAUCUUGCCUGAAUAUAGUUCAUUUCCUCUGUCUGACUCUUCUUUGUUAAUCGGCCUUGCUAGCUAGCUAUCUAUCUAGCUAUCUAUCUAGCUCGGCCAAGUAAUAACCGCCAACCGGGCGUCGUCGCGCGAAGUAGAGCGCACGCAGCAACAAUGGCGGACGCCGGGGAGGGGCGGCGGGUGUGCGGCAUGCCGGAGAAGGCGCAGCUGCACGUGGCGAUGCUGGCGCUGCAGUUCGGCUACGCGGGGUUCCACGUGGUGUCGCGGCUGGCGCUCAACAUGGGCAUCAGCAAGCUCGUCUUCCCCGUCUACCGCAACAUCAUCGCGCUCUGCCUCCUCGUCCCCUUCGCCUACUUUCUCGAGAAGAAGGACAGGCCGCAGCUGACCCUCAACUUCGUCAUCCAGUUCUUCCUCCUCGCGCUCUGCGGCAUCACGGCGAACCAAGGGUUCUACCUGCUGGGGCUGGACAACACGUCGCCGACGUUCGCGUCGGCGAUCCAGAACUCGGUGCCGGCAAUCACCUUCGCCAUGGCGGCGGCGCUGCGGAUCGAGAAGGUCCGGCUGGACCGGCGCGACGGCGUGGCCAAGGUGGCCGGGACGCUGGCGUGCGUGGCGGGUGCGUCCGUCAUCACGCUCUACAAGGGCCCCACCAUCUUCGGCCCCAGCGGCGGCGGCGGCGGCGGCGACAAGCUCCAGCUGCAGCAGGUGGCCGUGGCCGUGGCCGCCGGCGAGAAGAACUGGACGCUGGGUUGCGUGUACCUGAUCGGGCACUGCCUGUCGUGGUCCGGCUGGCUGGUGCUCCAGGCCCCCGUGCUGAAGAAGUACCCGGCGCGGCUCUCCGUCACCUCCUACACCUGCUUCUUCGGCGUCAUCCAGUUCCUCGUCAUCGCCGCCUUCAUGGAGAGGGACGCCGACGCCUGGAAAUUCCACUCCGGAUCCGAGCUCUUCACAAUCCUAUACGCCGGGUUCAUCGCGUCGGGGGUGGCGUUCGCGGUGCAGAUCUGGUGCAUCGACCGCGGUGGUCCGGUGUUCGUGGCGGUGUACCAGCCGGUGCAGACGCUGGUGGUGGCAAUCAUGGCGUCGCUCACCCUGGGCGAGAAGUUCUACCUGGGCGGCAUCAUCGGCGCCGUGCUCAUCAUCGCCGGCCUCUACCUCGUGCUCUGGGGCAAGAGCGAGGAGAGGGCGCGCAUCGCCAGGGACGCCGCCGCCGCCCUCGUCGUCUCCGGCGCCGGCGACCGCGAGGGGCUCCUUGCGGCCGGCGGCGGCGGUGGUGGUGGCAUCCGGAGCAAGGCGGCGGCGUCGGCGGCCGUCACGCAGCCUCUGCUGCUGCCGUCCUCCACCUCCACCGACAACGUCUGACCUAUCGAGAUGGAUGAAUCCUAAAUUUGUGGUGCAGCAUGGAGAGAUCAGAGGCUGCAUGCGUACGAUUCAUGAGGCUGCCAUGCUGCGGCUCUGCACGAACUCAUCAUGGAUUGGAGCAGCCAUAAGAUCCGAUCCAGUAUUAUUGUCAGUUAGUCUUCUUUUGAGGUUUUCCUUGUUGAUUUCAGGCAUGUAUGUAUGUAUGUAUGCUGCUACCUACGUAUAUGCAUUAGUACUAUUGUGUGUGUGUGUGGUGAGCGAGCAGACGACGGCAGGUCAUUACGACUUUGAUCACGACCUGCUUUUUUAAUUCGUACGUACGUAGCUAGCUAGGAUUGUUUGGAACGAGCAUGCGUAUAUGCAUGAUCAUCUCGUCAGUGUGUACGUCAAUAUUAAUUGAUUGGUGUGUUCAAAGAGGAGGCA